CAGGCAUGGCUGCGAGUAGGGAGGACCUGAGGCGGCGGCGAGGGGAUGGUAGGGAGGCGGUCGCAGCCGCCGGCGCGGAGAAGUCGCGCAGCCCCCCGGCUCCCUCCUCCCUGCGCCCUGGUACCUUUUGGCUAACGCGCUUGGCGCUGCUGCGUGCCACCGCCUUCAUUUACUUUGUAGCUUUUUUGGUGGCUAAGCAUCAAAACAAGGCCCUGAUUGGAGAUCAGGGACUCCUCCCUUGCAAGUUGUACCUGGAGAGUGUCAAGCGCUAUUUCAAGGGGAAGAUAAACUUGGACGCCUUAAGCUAUGCCCCGACUUUAAUUUGGUUUUUGGAUUGGUCCAGCAUGGACAGUGUCCUGGAUGCCUUUGCUGUGGCCGGCUUGGGGAUCUCAACUUUUGUCCUGGUCACCGGCUGCGCCAAUGUGAUCCUCAUGGCUUCCCUGUGGGCUCUCUACCUUUCCUUAAUUAACGUGGGACAGGUCUGGUAUUCCUUUGGAUGGGAAUCUCAGCUUCUGGAGACAGGUUUUUUAGGAAUAUUCCUCUGCCCCCUCUGGACACUUUCCCAGUUGCCCAGACGCACCCCGCCUUCCCGCAUAAUCAUCUGGGGCUAUCGAUGGCUUAUCUUCAGAAUCAUGCUUGGAGCAGGUUUGAUCAAAAUCCGAGGGGAUCGUUGCUGGAGAGAUCUGACAUGCAUGGACUACCAUUACGAGACCCAGCCUGUGCCCAACCCCAUCUCCUACUAUAUGCAUCGUUCGCCAUGGUGGUUCCACCAGUUCGAGACACUCUUCAACCACUUCAUUGAGCUGGCUGUGCCGUUCCUCAUCUUCCUCGGGCGACGCCUGUGUCUCGUUCAUGGGAUCCUGCAGAUCCUCUUCCAGGUGCUCCUCAUCGUGAGCGGGAACUUGAGCUUCCUUAACUGGCUGACCAUCGUGCCAAGCAUUGCCUGCUUCGACGAUGCUGCCCUGGGGUUCCUUUUCAGCUCCAAAGAACAAGGCCUGAAGGCCAGAGUGCAAGAGAUGCAAACCGGAGAGGCAGAGGGGAAGACGGAGCCCCUGCGAUGCGGCUGCUACAUCCGCAAGGGAGUGAACCUAUCUUUUGGGGUCCUGAUUGCCUUCCUCAGCGUCCCGGUAGUUAUCAAUCUGUUAAGCUCCCGACAAGUCAUGAACACGUCCUUCAACCCUCUCAGGAUAGUCAACACCUACGGGGCCUUUGGAAGCAUCACCAAAGACAGAACCGAGGUCAUCAUUCAAGGGACGUCCAGCCUGGAUCCCAAUGACCCUGCUGCUAUUUGGGAAGAGUAUGAAUUCAAGUGUAAACCUGGGGACCUACACAGGAGACCCUGCCUCAUAAGUCCGUACCACUAUCGCCUGGACUGGCUCAUGUGGUUUGCUGCAUUCCAGACCUACGAACAAAACGAAUGGAUAAUCCACUUAGCCGGAAAGCUUUUGGCCAACAAGAAGGAAGUUUUAUCUCUGAUAGCAUUCAAUCCGUUCGAGGGCAAAGCCCCACCAAGGUGGGUUCGGGGCGAACACUACAGGUACAAGUUUAGCCGCCCUGGGGGGAACCACGCCAGAGACGGGAAGUGGUGGAUCCGAAAGAGGAUCGGGCCCUAUUUCCCACCCGUCAACCUUGAGGGCUUGAAGAAGUUUUUUGAGGCUCGAAACUGGCCCCAACCCAAGCAAGACGGUUAAGCAAACAAAUGAAGAGGCCGUGACCAAGAACCAUUGACUUUGAAAACCCUACUUACUUUUUAAAAUGUUACGUCUGCCUUUUUCUCAUGUUCAGCAUUUUACAGUAAAGUGGACAAGGCGCCGUAGACA